UGUACGGAAGUGGUAUGGAUCUUAACAUGACUCCAGUUUAGCCGGAUAUGCUAUCGUUGUACUUUUCUGACUGUUUUUUAUUUUAAUUUUAAUUUAAAUGACCGCACACCGCCACUGUUAUUAACUGUGAUAAUUUAAUUGAAGCUACAUUAGAAGACAAAUGGAGAAAGAUUCCGCCGGUACCGAAGAAAAGAACGUCGCAGUGUCGCUCCACAGGCGAAAUAUGAAUGAAGACACGUCCUCUGAUGCUAAUUCAGAAACAUCCCAUGAUGGUGUUACUGCAGAUGUCGCCCGAGCAAGAUGGACUCUACUUAGACAGGUUUUGCGCCAGAAGCAGGUGGACAAUCCAGAAGUCAAACAGGUGUCUGUGCGCAGGUUUGCAUCCUUUGACCUUUUCAGCAGGAAAAGACUCCCCUCACAGGAACCCUCAGAGGAGCAGUGGGUGGAGUACAGAAAUGUCUACUUUCCAGAGUACAGUGCCUUUCUCAGGGACAACAUGGGUCCUCUACGAGUUAACGAAGUGCUCACCAGCUUUGACAACACCGGGAAUGUCUGUGUGUGGCCGUCGGAGGAGGCCAUGGCUCAUUACUGUCUGCACAACCGUCACAUGUUCAAGGGCGCCAUUUGCGAGUUAGGAGGAGGCAUGACUUGUCUUGCCGGACUCAUGGUUGCCGUUUGUGCUGACGUGAAGGAAGUUCUGCUAUCAGAUGGGAAUGAGAAGUCCAUUCAGAAUGUGCGCAGGAUUGUCGAGAGGAACAAGCAAGCCGGGAAGUUUGGAUCAACGCACGUUUCUACCAGGGUGCUGAGGUGGGACUGUGAGCUGGACAUGUCAUCCUUAGAAGCCCAUUUUGAUAUUGUCAUGUGUGCAGACUGUUUGUUUCUUGACCAGUACAGAGGCAGCCUGGUUGAUGCUAUAAGGAGAUUACUGCAACCCAAUGGCGUGGCUUUGGUGUUUGCCCCAUUACGAGGUGACACCCUGCAGACGUUCUGUCAGCUGGCACAGCAGGCUGGACUCUUGGUGUCUCAGCACCAGCAGUAUGAUGCUCAGGUGUGGGAUGUACAUCUCAAGAUGCUGCAGGAAGGCAAAGAUGCAUACGACGAGAACAUCCACUACCCUCUGCUCCUCACGCUGACCAAAGGACCUCAAGCGCAGUAAAAACCACAUCAAGUAUUGCCUCUUCAGCCGUACACACGGUGACACGAUAGCGGCGGCGGUGGGUGACAUCUUUUUCAACACUGUGAUCCACUAGUGGUCCAUAUCAGUCACUACACUCGCACAUUCUCAGAAACUACACUCACACAUUCUCAGACAAUCCGUAUACAUUUUAUAGCGGCUUGCUAUAAAUGCUUUUUGAACCCAGUAACUUAAUAACUAUAUACAGAGUUUGUACGUAUGUACUUUCACUUUUUGACCACCCAUGUGUGGGGUUGAGCCCUUUACUCAUCACUCUCCAAACUCUUCAUCCUGUCCUCCUCACAUUGCAUCAUCAGCCAUUCUCCAGCUUUUUUUCUCAGUUGGAGGUUCCUGUUAAGAACAUAUUAGGUGACGUCUCCAUGGAAACUCUGCACCACUUUGCUACUUGCUACUUUUUUAGCCUUUGGUUUCCCCAUCAUUGUCGUGCCUUAUGUGUUACAGAGGUGGCGCUAUAACCCCACCCCAACAGGAAGCCAAAGUGACAUGAAAUACGGGGACAAUUUAAGGGAACAUGGGGCUAAUAUGUGUAGACUUUAUAGUAUAAUAUGGAAGUCUCCACUUAGUGGUUUAUUUUUAGUGACUUUAGUAAUGAAGAUGCAGAGUUAACAAUGUGUGUUAACAAUAAGCAAUUGGUGCGGCGUAUGCAGUGAUGCAGACUCGGCAUCGAUCUCUCAAUUUACUGGUCGAUGAACGUUCCUACCCUCAACUACGGUCAUGAGCUUUGGGUAGUGCUUUGGGUACUGCCAAAAGGAGCUGGACGAAUCUAGUAUAGGCAGAAGAAUAGGAAUGGAUUAUUUUUGCAUUUUAUUAUUAUGAUUAUGUGUGCAUUUUCCAGACUAUAAGUCACAUUUAUUUAUAAAUAUUCCAGACCAAGAACCAGAACCAGAAUCAGCCAUGGCCGCAAACAUUGGCAUCUUUGGUAUGCUAAUACUUUGGGCCUUGACUGUAUACAUAUUAGGGAUCGACCCAUAUGGUUUUUUUCCGGCCGAUGCCGAUACCGAUUUUUUUCCAUCACCCUGAGCCGAUGGCUGAUUUUGCUUGGGCCGAUAUUUGUGGCCGAUACUGCUUUUGCUCCCUCAAUUUAUAUGAAAAAAUUACAAUGAUAACAAAUAUUACAGGUCUCAAGUUUUAAAUCAUGCGCCGGAAAAAUAUAUCAGCGAACCCACGCGCAUAUCGGCCGAUACCGAUUCAAGUAAAAAACGCAAAAAUCGGCCGAUCGGUCGAUCCUUAAUACAUAUACUGUAUGUCAUAUAAAGUCACACCUGAUUAUAAGUCGCAGUACCAGCCAAAUUAUGAAAAAUGUGCAAUUUAUAGUCCGGAAAAUACACUUCAUGUUACAACGCCUCCAUUAUAAAAAUAUUUUCUUCGAAAUGAGGACCUAAUACUAGUCGCUGUGCACCAUAUUUCACUGUGAUGCCUUCCUUGCCACAAUGUUGGGUACACUUGCACUCAAGUCAAUCAAUCAAUAAUUCUCAAAAUUGACCUUUACACUGGUCCACAAAUUGUUGGACUCCAUUUCCUUCCAAGAUAAAAGUGGUUAAAUCCCAUUUAUUUGAAUAAGAUGAACUGAAAAUUGAUAUCUGUGCAGGUUAGCUAAUGUAUUCCAGAUAUUUAUCCCAAAUCGCAUCUGUUAAUAGAAUAGAUUUCGGUAUUUUUGCUUGUAAAUCUUACAUCAAGGCUGCACAGAGGUCGAGUGGUUAGCGCGCAGACCUUACAGCUAGGAGACCCGAGUUCAAUCCCACCCUCGGCCAUCUCUGUGUGCAGUUUGCAUGUUCUCCCAUGCAUGCAUGGGUUUUUUUCCCGGGUACUCCGGUUUCCUCCCACAUUCCAAAAACAUGCUAGGUUAAUUGGCGACUCCAAAUUGUCCAUAGGUAUGAAUGUGAGUGUGAAUGGUUGUUUGUUUAUAUGUGCCCUGUGAUUGGCUGGCCACAAGUCCAGGGUGUACCCCGCCUCUCGUCCAAAAACAGCUGGGAUAGGCUCCAGCACCCCCCGCGACCUUCGUGAGGAUAAGCAGUAGAAAUUGAAUGAAUGAAUGAAUGAAUCAUACUUAAAAUUUGAAAAUAUUUGGGAAUUCAAAAAGUGUAUCUUCAGUGACAUAUUUCUCCCUUCAGGAGGUUUGCCACCAGCUGCUUAUAAUGAUCUGUAUUGUAGUUUCCAAGUGAUGUGAAACUGUGAUGCAAAAGUCAAUUUCUGCUACCGUUCAUGAAAUUUCUGCACAUGCGUGCAUUUUGUCAACUUCCAAAAGAGAGAAAGAUAAAAUAAAAUAUUUGAUGUCAAAACUGAAGACGUAUUGGAAUGUGCAGACAGGCUUUCACAUAGAAGUGGUUGCUUGUAGUCACACUGUAUGCUCUGAUAAACUGCAAUUUUUGCCUUAUUUUGCAUAAAUAUCCUAUUUUGACCCGAUACCGUAUGGCGGAAACAAUCUGCCAAUCUGCACAGAAUCCAUGAAUGUUCAUAUCGUUUCUUAUUGGAGUGUGCAGGCGUACCUAAUAAAGUGUCCUGUAAGUGUACGUUCAUCACCGCAGCAAUGACGUGACGGUCCAUCACACAUAUUUGUACUGUGAAAGUGGACCAGCGCUUACUGUGACAAAUCUGACAUCGCUGCUCUUGCAUCCGCCAUCUUGCUUUGACUGCUUCCACUGUGAGAGCCACCAUAACAAUAACACAUCAUGGCGUGCCUCGUCAAUAGGAGAUAUAAGAUUGUUUUGUCUUGCAGUAUAAUGUAAUGUAUAUUGAUAACCGUGCAAGGUCUACCAUUGGCAUUGUUGGUUUUAUGAGCUUUGUCACGUGUUGACCAGUGACCAUACAGAGAUGAGUAUCUGGAUACAUGAGCACAUACGGGAAAGUUUGAUGGAUGUUUGACGGACUGUCCAUUAUCCUAACAGCAACCAAACAAAAAUCAUUCUCAUUUUUCAUUCACAUUCUCAUUUCCCACAAACUAUGGGUUGUGUUUGAAAUACUUUGGAGGACCAACGUGUCAAUACGUGUUUAAAGUAACAGUAUGUAUUUGAAACAGUAUGUACGUAUUUGCAUAGAGCCCAGAGGGAGGCUGAUGUCAUUGCAGCACCUCAAUGAAUGUGUUGCUCAGAUGCAAAACCUUAUGGAGUAUUUUCAUUUUAAUCAGGUAUUGCUACGUGUUUGUAUAUUUAUGAGGCAUACUUUUGCCGUGUUAAGUUGCUGUGUGGUGAAUUUAGUGUUGUUAGAUUUUGUGUUUGAAAUACUUUGGAGGACCAACGUGCCAAUACGUGUUUAAAAUAACAGCAUGUAUUUGAAAUUCUGCCCAUAAUGCAUUACUGCCAGAAGAGCAGUUCAUUGGACGACAGACAACAUAAACAGAUAGCGUUGUAGUGCCAGAGGAGCCCGGAGGAAGGCUGACGUCAUUGCAGCGCCUCAAUGAAUGUGUUGCUCAGAUGCAAAACCUUAUGGAGUAUUUUCAUUUUAAUCAGGUAUUGGUACGUGUUUGUAUAUUUAUGAGGCUUACUUUUGGCGUGUUAAGUUGCUGUGUGGUGAAUUUAGUGUUGUUGGAUUAGAUUAUAUGAUACAGUGAGUCCUGUUGUGUUACACUGUGAUAUAUAAUGACUUCCUGCGAUGGGUUGUGAGUGCGAUGAUAGCUUGUGAUUGGCUCUCUCCAAAGAAAGAGUUAUCGUUUCCUCACUGACUCAUGAGCAAAACAGUAUUUAAACAAUUACUGGUAUUUGUGAAGUAAGCGAGCUGUCAGGUUUCUAAGUUGAAGGUAAACUUACUGGUGAUGUUUCCAUUUUCGCUGCUGGAAAUGCUAGCAUGCUAGCAUUGCGACACAUCCGAUGGUGGACUUUUGCACGGUACUUUGUUUAAGCUACAGACUGUUAGUCCUGGUAUAUUUCCAAGAAAUUGUCAUAUUUACUUUCCGGGGCAUUUGGAGCCUCCUUUUCACACAUGACGCCAUCCAUUUAUCCAGUCAUUCAUUCAGUCAUUCAUUCAGUCAUUCAUUCAGUCAUUCAUUCAGUCAUUCAUUCAGUCACUCAGGGUAAAGUCGAAGCUGCUUUUCCAGCCUUUCACUGUGUCAGCCCCCCAACAGGAUAUUCAUAUUGUGUUGCAAUCCUCACAUGACGGCCUUUCCUGCCCUCUUUUGGAUUAUUUCUGUUGACUUUGUGUGUAUCAUUUAUGGAUUUUCAUAUACAAAGAUGAUUUAAACAGAAUUCAGUGGAACCGCUAAUGUCAGACACGCCCCACUGAAAAAUAUCGGCGGGAAAUUAAGUGACACGGAAAGCAAUGUGAUUCUGGUGUUAGCAUAACAAAGUCGCUUAACUGCUUUUUACAUAACUAAAUCUUGUCGCCUUUGCAUUAUUGUUUUCAUAUUUGAAUCUUAAUGGUGUUAUCGUAAAAGUAAUAUCGCUGAACUUCUUUUUACACUUUAUACACGGCUUCAGAAGUUGGUUAACGUCUUUUUACGUGUGUGUGACAAUUGAGAAAAAUAAAUGUGAGGUCAUCCAUAAAGUUACGCUUUAUUGUUUGUGUUUAUGUCAAAAGCGGGUUAACUUCUUUUUACACUUGUAUGAUGUUUAAUCAUGCUAAAAUCUUAUUUCAAGCAUUCAAAGUUUUCGUAUGGUUAUUUCCAUUUACAUGAUUUACAAUGGCAACUGAGUGGUCAGCGCGCAGGCCUCACAGCUAGGAGACCCGGGUUCAAUUCCAUCUUUUUGUGGAGUUUGCAUGUUCUCCUCGUGCAUGCGUGGGUUUUCCUCCGGGUACUCCGGUUUCCUCCCACAUUCCAAAAACAUGCUAGGUUAAUUGGCGACUCCAAAUUGUCCAUAGGUAUGAAUGUGAGUGUGAAUGGUUGUUUGUCUAUAUGUGCCCUGUGAUUGGCUGGCCACCAGUCCAGGGUGUACCCCACCUCUCGCCCUAAGACAGCUGGGAUAGGCUCCAGCACCCAAGAAGUUAAAGAAGUUAAAGAUUGUGUAAAAUAAUUUUGUUUUAUCCUGAUGGAAAUGAACACAACUUUCAUCAAGAUGGCAACAGGUUGGCAUCUAAAUCUAAAUCUCCUCCAAAGUGUCUAAAAGUGUAAAAAGAAGCAUCCCAUGCUGUAUUUUGUUCUACCUUAGCGGUUCCACUGUUUUGCAUAUCCACAUAAAUGUAGUGGAUGUCUCCAUCUUUUACCUCCCUGUUAAUAAGCUUUUGGCAUUUUUUUUUCCAGUCAAUAAAAAUGAAAU